GGUGAGGACGCGUCGCUCCGGUGUGGCUGUGCUCGUGGAUCGGACCUCUCGCUCUCAAGGCUUUUCUGCGCGCUAGACAAACGCUCUCGAUCGCCUGUUAAUGGAUAAUCGUGGUGUUUAUACGAUGAUCAGUUGAAUCCGAAUAAUUCUAAGAUAUAAAAGACCACAAUAAACAUCCCAGCCGCACUAUCUAGCAGACGGGGACGAAAAUUAAAGAAAGAAGAGAUAAGAAUUUAAAGAAGGAGAAGAAGAAGAAAAAAAAAUAAUUAUCGCUCGACGGAAAUAAAAGGAAACUUGGAAACGGUUGUCUUUCUUCAUACUGUUCGGUCGUGACUAUUUUACCAAAGGGCGACGGAAGGAGGAAGAGACACGGUGUGAUAAAGAGGGGUGGAAGAGGAAGGGGAGAGACUUUUUUUUUUUCUUUUCUUUCUUGCCUUUUCCCUCUCGCUGACUGAUCCUUAUUCUGUUAUUCUUCGUCUAGUGUUUGGUAAGACAGAACAGAAGUGAGGAAGAAGGAGAAUUGACGGAAGAUUGGCAAGACUGAUAUUUCUCUCUCCUGGAGACGAAAGAGGGAGAAAGAGGGAAGAGAGAGAGAGGGAAGGAAGAGCAGAUAUUCCGUGCUUCCUCGAAGAAAACUGAUGCCAGGGCGGAGGGAAAUGUGUAAUUCAGAAUUUUAGGAUAUAGCUCAAGAACAAGACAAUGCGAUUCUCGGCAGUCAUAGCACUCCUCGUCCCUCUAUUAUGCUCCGACAUAGGCGCCUCGAUCGAGGAGCUGGACGACGAGACCCAGCUGAUCAUGGGCAACGGCAUCCCCCCCGCCAUGGGCUACUCUGAGGGGCUGACCUAUGACCCCGAACAACCUUACUUCGACACGGAGCACUCGAGGAACGUCACGGCGCUGCUCGGGAAGACGGCGGUGCUCAAUUGCCGGGUCAAGAACAUCGGGAACAAGACGGUAUCCUGGGUCCGCCACCGGGACAUCCACCUCCUGACGGUGGGCAGAUUCACCUACACAUCCGACCAGAGGUUCUCUGCCCUCCACUCCGUCGGGUCAGAAGACUGGCUUCUGAAGAUACAUUACCUUCAGGAGCGAGACGCGGGGAAGUACGAGUGUCAGAUCUCCACCACGCCGCCGAUGAGUCAUCUCAUACACCUGGCUGUUGUUGAACCCGAGACGGUGAUCGUGGGCGGCCCCGACGUCUACAUCAACACCGGCAGCCGACUCGCUCUCACCUGCAGCGUUAAGUACAGCCCGGAGCCUCCCGCCUUCAUCUUCUGGUAUCAUGAUGACAAGCUGGUGAGUUACGACAGGACCCGCGGGGGAGUGGUAGUGUCAACCGAAAAGGGUCUGGUUACCACAUCGCGUCUCCUGGUGCAGUUCGCCGAGCCAAGGCACUCCGGCGUGUACACGUGCGCGCCUGCUAACUCGAAGCCCAAGAGUGUCAACGUGCAUGUCCUGGCUGGAGACAAGCCAGCGGCGAUCGUACACGAGAAUAAUAGUGCUGAAGUUCUGAUUUCCACACAACGUCUCCACAGCUACGUGUUCGUCGCUGGAGCUGCUCUUCUCCACGUCCUCGUGUUGUAAUGUCUCUGUUUAGUGCUAUAGGUCUUUCUUUUCUUUCCCAUUUUCCUUUUCCUUUUUGUAUUGUCAUCUCUUCUCCUCUUUCUCUUUCUUCCUAUUCGUAUUCUUUGAUGAAGUCUUGAUAUUUUUUUUAUAUGAUUAUUGUGGUAGUUUUCACUCCCUCCCCCCCCCCCCGGUAUUACCACGGGUGUUAAUGUAAGGGUGCCUCUAUAUAGGCGAUACGAGGGCCUGUAAGGGUGAUGGCACUGUGUGAUGGCACUCCGAGGCACUCU